CGAACCAACAUGUCCGAGUCCGAAGACCGAGGCCGCAUACUAUAGCGAUAAAUAUUGCAACGUAGACACCCCUAUUCAAUUGAACGUAUCACAAUAACUUAUAUACAAUAGAAGCAAACAAAGAAGAGCAAAAAACCAAAAUGUCAAUCGACGAUACCCCGAACCCCCUCUGCAUUGUGAUCAUCGGAGCUGGUAUUGCCGGACUCAGCGCAGCUAUUGCUCUGAGCAAACAGGGUCAUCAUGUUAUUGUCAUCGAAAAGUCCAAGUUCGCACGAGAAACGGGCGCAGCUAUCCACAUUCCCCCGAAUUGCACGGCGCUGUUGCAAUGGAUGGACGUUGAUCCGAGGGACUUUGGAGGGACUUUGAUUGAACAGAUCCAUCGAUACGAUUCCAACGGCGAACUGAAGUACAAGAAAGAGCUCUCCGGGAUCCGGGGACAGUGGCAGGCUGAAUGGUACCUGGUCCACCGCGUCGACCUCCACAACUACCUCAAAGAACGCCUCAGCCGAACCCAAGCUACCCUCCACCUGGGAUGCAAAAUCACCAAUAUCAACAUCGAAAGCGACCAACCCACCGUAAUGCUCGACGACGGCCGGGAAUUUACUUGCGAUCUCCUACUCGGCGCAGAUGGGCUACAUUCCAUGCUCCGCACCCACAUCAUCCCCAGCUUCCCCUCCCCUUACCCAGCAGGAAAGUCCACUUUCCGCUGGCUGCUCCAAACAGAGGAGCUGAAGAACCACGAGGCCACAAAGGACGUAGUCGGGGACCCGGGGGUAUUCGUCGAAUGGGCAGGUAACGACAGACGAAUUGUUGCGUACCCGUGUUCGAAUAACAAGAUCUUCAAUCUGGUCGGGUUCAUGCCGACGGCUGAGUCGGGGACGUACGGUGAAGGCUGGCAAGCAGUCGGUGACAAAUCGGCCCUGGCAAAGGGCUUCGCGGGCUUCGCUCCCUCAGUUGAGAAGAUGAUCGAUAUGGCCGGUGAUGAUCUUAAGGUGUGGGAGUUGGCCGAUAUGGAGAGAAUGCCGACUUGGGUUAGGGGCAGGGCUGCCCUGGUGGGUGAUUCGGCGCAUCCGUUUCAGCCUUGUAUGUUCCUUUUUGGCUUUUCUCUCUUCUCUUGGUGAUCGUAGCUGUUGUGGUAUGGUUAGAUACCUUGUUGAUAUGAAGCUAACCAAAUGGAAAAGACAUGGGCCAAGGCGCCGCAAUGGCCAUUGAGGAUGCGCUAAGUAUAGCUACCCUGCUCCCACUGGGUACAAAGGCCGAGGAUAUUCCAUCCCGGCUAGCGAUCUAUGAGAAGGCGCGUCAACCGCGGGUUGAUGAUGUCUUGAUGUAUACCCGGCUGAACGGGGCGGAUGAGAACGAUCCGUCUGUGCAGAGGAUGACCGGUAAGACCCUUCCUUCUACUUCGCAUGAUGGCGACGUAGGUAUGCUGACUGGCUGUUACAGCUGCAGAGAUGGUUAAGGCAAUGGGUCUUUGCUUUGCGCAUGAUGAGAUUGUGCAUUCGAGGCGGCUUUUGGAGGAGGAAAGGGAGCGUUGAUUAUAUAAGGUAGGGUUUAUAGUAUACGAGGUGUUGAUAUGGGGUAGGAGGCUUAUGUUUCAUCUGUUCAUCUGGUGUAUAUAUGAUGUAUAUAUGUGGGGUUCAACUGUUACUUGAAUAUAGCUGGUACAGAGAAG